CGGAGACGGACGAUAACGGUUCGAGGGGGGGAAAGAGUCCGCGCUCAUAUUGGUCGGGUUUACGCCGAGGGAAACUAUUAUGUGAUGUUUUAAACACAUUCUUUGAAAAGGUUGCUUUUUAUUUUUUCCACCCCUGGUGCUAAAUUGGAUAACAAAAAGAGGCGGGAAGGCAACACGUGGAGUGUUGUCGCGCGGCUAGCGGCAGCCAUGGAAGAGCGCAAGGAGCCGAACGGCGGCCGGGACUCGACCGAGGACGAGAGCCUGUCGCCGAACCUGCCGUCCCCCGCCCCGGUCCUCCCGCACCAGGCCGCCCAGCAGACCCACAGAACCACCAACUUUUUCAUCGACAACAUCCUGCGGCCGGACUUCGGCUGCAGAAAGGAGGCGAGCUACAGCCGUGAGAGGGGCGGCCAGACGGCGGGCAGGGAGAACGUCAACCCGCUGCUGGCCGCGACGAGGCCGCACGCCGGCAGCCUCUGCCUGGACUCGAACUGCAGCAGCGACAGCGCCUCGUCGCCGUCCUCCUCCUCCUCGUCGUCCUCCUCCUCGUCGUCGUCGCCCAAGCAGGCGAAGCAAGCCGAAGCGGCGAGCAACGGCUCGGGGGGAAGAUACGCGGACAGCCCCGCCGCCAUCGUGGUGGUCAACGGCGGCAAUGGAGCGUCUCCGCCCGCCGCCAAGGACCCGAUGCUGUGGCCCGCCUGGGUCUACUGCACGCGGUACUCGGACCGGCCCUCAUCUGGGCCGAGGACACGCAAACUGAAGAAGAAGAAGAGCAGCAAGGAGGACAAGCGGCCGAGGACGGCGUUCACGGCCGAGCAGCUGCAGAGACUGAAAGCCGAGUUCCAGGCCAACCGCUACAUCACGGAGCAGCGGAGACAGUCCCUGGCCCAGGAACUCAACCUCAACGAGUCCCAGAUCAAAAUCUGGUUCCAGAACAAGCGGGCCAAGAUCAAAAAGGCCACCGGCUACAAGAACGGCCUGGCGCUGCAGCUGAUGGCCCAAGGACUGUACAACCACUCCACGACCACCGUGCAGGAGGACAAGGAGGACAGCGAGUAGACUCUCUCUUAUUUAAACCCCCUAUGGACAUCAAAUUUAUAUAUAAAUAUAUAUAUAUAGCCGCUGCAGUUAUCAUGUCGUAAACCGUAUCUUCCAUUCGUUCUCGGUAUAUCGUCUCUCUCUGCAUUGCGUGGUUGUUCCCCCCCACCCCCUCCCGCCCCACAUCGUUUUAAUGUGCAGCUCCUUUCACGGUUAUCGUUUCACACAUCGCAGACGCAAAGCCAAAGAUUUUUCAUAUGUUCACAUGUGUAUAUAUAUUAAAAAAAUAAAUACAUUGUAAAAAAAAAAAAAAAGUAAUAAAAAAAAAAGACGAGCGAGAUUUCUUUCUUUUUAAUUCUGAAAAAAGGGAGUUGAUGUGGUUUGGCGCAAUAAUGCCGAAAUGACGCAACCUGUUAUUCAAUGUGCGCGUUUUUUAAUUUUUUUUUUAAAGAGCUGGAAUUAAAAGGGAGACCAAAGUGACGGAACCAAUUAGAAGAACCGCAUGAAGGAUGAAACACACACACACACACACACACACACACACACACACACACACACACACACACACACACACACACGCACACACACAUACGCGAGGGCGUACAGUAAGUACAGUAAGUGGAAUUAAAACGUCUAAAUGUGCAACCUGCGCCGUUAUAUUAAUUUCUCUAUUCAGCCUUCUCUCUGCCGCACAAAAAUAGUAUCGUUCCAAUUGCUGGUCACGUGACCUCAUUCGGGAACAGAUUCACAUAAAACACUUAAAAUCUAUACAUUUAUUGAAAAACACUAGAUUUAAUAUUAAAAAAAAAACUUGUUUGGCGUACAGUAAGUGGAAUUAAAACGUAUAAAUGUGCAACCUGGCGUUGUAUUAAUUUCUCUAUUAUAGGUUUCCUUAAACGCACAUGCGCACUGCGUACAAGAUAGCGUUCCAAUCGCUGGUCACGUGACCUCAUUCGGCAACAUAAAUUAUUCACAUAAGAAACUUAAAAUCUAUUAAAAAAACCUCUAUAUUUAAUUAAAAAAAACCUGUUUGGCGUACAGUAAGUACAGUAAGUGGAAUUAAAACAUCUAAAUGUGCAACCUGGCGUUAUAUUAAUUUCUUUAUUCAACCUUCUCUCUGCCGCACACAAAUAAUAUCGUUCCAAUUGGUGGUCACGUGACCUCAUUCGGGAACAGAAAUUAUUCACAUAAGACAAUUAAAAUCUAUACAUUUAUUGAAAAACACUAGAUUUAAUAUUUAAAAAAAACAUCUUUGGCGUACAGUAAGUGGAGUGAAAUCGUCUAAAUGUGCAACCUGGCGUUGUAUUAAUUUCUCUAUUAAAAGUUCCCUUAAACGCACAUGCGCACUGCGUAAAAGAUAGUGUUCCAAUUGCUGGUCACGUGACCUCAUUCGGCAACAUAAGUGAUUCACAUAAGAAACUUAAAAUCUAUUGAAAACACUCUAUAUUUAAUACAAAAAACAGUUUGGCGUACAGUAAGUACAGUAAGUGGAGUUAAAACGACGUCUAAAUGUGCAACCUGGCGUUGUAUUAAUUUACCUAUUAAACGUGCCCUCUCUCGUGCCCAUGCGCACUGCAUACAAGAUAGCGUUCAAAUUGCUGGUCACGUGACCUCAUUCGGUGACAAAAAAGAUUCAAGUAAAUAUAUAUAUUUAUUGAAAGCACAUAUUAUUUAAUAAAGAAAAACAAAACUGUUUGGCGUACAGUAAGUACAGUAAGCAGAGUUAAAACGACGUCUAAAUGUGCAACCUGGCGUUGUAUUCAUUUCUCUAUGAAACGUUCCCUUAAACGCACAUGCGCACUGCAUACCAGAUAGCGUUCAAAAUUGCCGGUCAUGUGACCUCGUCCGGUGACAUAAAAGAGUCAAGUAAAUAUAUACAUUUGAUGAAAACACUCAUUAUUUAAAAAAAAACAAAAACAGUUUGGCGUACAGUAAGUUGAAUUAGAGUGACUUGUAAAUGUGUCAAUGAUAUUAAAUUAGACAAUUUCUCCUGCUUAUAAGGAAAAAUAUCAGCCGAAUUGCUGGUCACGUGACCUCAUGCGGGGGAACAUAAACGAUUAAAAUAAAACACUUGUGUUAUAUAAAUCAAACAAAACACUAAUUAUUAAAUAAAAAAAGCUGUUUUUUUUCUUCCCAAAAAAGUGGGAAAUAACAUUAAUUACAAUAAAUACAAAUAUGAUACAUUUGACUCAACAUGUUGAUGAAUGUCCACAAUUUUAACAAUAACAAAACACAAGAACCUAAAACACGCAGAAAAACACGACCAUCCUCCUUUAACAAUUGUAUUUUCUUUUAUUUAAACUAACAAAUGAAUUCACAGGUCGAGCAGCUCCCGGUUCUAUAGUUGUUGAUUUUUUCCCUUCAUAUUUCCACAAAAAAACGCAUUUUUUAACAUUUAUUAUUCAAACAAACAUAAGACAAGAAAAUAAUAUCACAGCUCGAACCUAUUUUCCGUGCAAUGAAAAUAGUCGGAAAAAAGCCUGCAGUUUGGAAUAUUAUGGAAAAAUCUGUGCUGUGGGAACGUGUCCGGUACACACGUGAUUGUGUGUGUGUGCGUGUGUGUGCGUGCGUAAUGAUGUAAUUAAGAGCUAACAAGCCUGCAGAAGUCUGCAUGCUUUUAGGCGCCUUUAAUUAUUUCAUGCAAUUGCAGCACAACUAGUGCCUACAGAGCAGCACUUGAAGUAUAUGUUUAUAUGUUUAUAAUUGAUUUCAGGGGCUUAAUUGUGCGAGUUCAUGUGUAGGUUAUUAUUUCACGGCUCUUCAAAGAUAAUUGACAUUCCCUCUCAACGUUUAGCCCGUUUGUUUGGACCAUUAUUGGCGCAUCGUGCACAAUUUGAUCACAUCUAAUAAAAUAAAACACAAGCUAAAUAGCAAUUACAUUUAUUUGCAUGUGCAAACAUAUUUUUUUUAAAUU